AUGCUACGCCGGCAAUGCGUCGCUCGCAGCUACCAGCGUGGCAGCUGGGCUCCUGGGUCCAAGCACCAGAAGCACAUGUCACUGAAUCCCACCAUGUAUCUUUAUCGCUUUGCCGGUCCACAUGGGCCAGGGCCUUACGUCAUGAAGUACUGGUGGACACUGGGGUGCUUUCCCACAGGGAUCGAGCGACCGUUUCGCCUUCCUGAAUUUUUAGCUUCAUAUCAGCAACAACACGUCCCUAUCGAAGUUGAAGAGUGGCUGCAGUGCUUUGUCAAGAAUCCAUACGAGGAGUUGAAAGAUGCGACGUCCAGCCUUCUCAAAUGUCUCGAAGAAGUUCCUACCAGAGAAAAUACAAGGGGAUACCGGAGCAUUGAAAGUGGAGUCUCAAGCUUUGCUGCACCGUUGGCCCAAUUCGAAAGGCAGCUGAAUGUUCGUGUACCGUUUCUUGCAGUGCGUGCAGCACUCGGGUCACCCGCAUUGCGUGAGCGCUUGAAAGAUGACUUGUUCGAGUACAACGAGUCACUGAGCGCGUGUGGCAGCACUCCACACCGGCGAUUGGCGCGCUCGGCUUUCGAUGAGCCGCUGACACUUCCUGGCGGCAUCAGCAACUCUGAUGACAGUGAGAAUCUGCGAGGACAGAUUUCUGUGCCGAUGAGGGAAGGUAUUGGCUCAUAUGCUUCGCCGAACCCUAGGACUUCCGACGAUGAAAAAAAACUGAUUCGAUUGCUGACCACGUUUUCGGAAGGCUGUGCUUUGAAAGAGGACUACGAAAGUGCCUUCUCUCUCCUUUCUAGCUCUUUGAACUUUUCUCAUGAUGACGACAUAGACGCCGUUGUGCAUUCGAAUGCAUCAGCCGCUGCUAUCCUUAGCGGUCUUUACAAAGAGGCGGAGUUUCACGGAAGACAAGCUGCUCUCUUGGAACCACAGGCGAUGCUGAGUACAAAAAGUGGUGGCCGUGGAUAUGUCUUGUGGGCGAUCGCAACUGCUUAUCAGGAGGACUUUGAUCGUGGCAGCAGAAUAGUUGAAAAAGGUCUGGAGGUGUUUCCUGACAGUGCUGAUUUAAAGUCAAUACGGGAAAAACUUGCGGGCGCUGUGGCUGCCGCUUCAUCAGCUUCACCUUUGAGGACCAGGAUGAUCCGUUCGAAGGGGCAGCAGACGCGGGCGCUGUUACACGGGAGCGGACGGUCUUUCGACAACGAGUUUGACUGGGUUGUUUUCAAGAACAAGCUGUACCCCAGUAAGAUGAAUCCUUCGUCGAACGAAAUGGGAUCCGUUUUCAGGCGUGUGGGUGAUUUUGGUGGUCACGUUUCGACUUCUCGCUCACUAGAGCCUCUUUAA